CGGAACCGGAACGUUGGCAUUUGGUGGCUAUGUUAAUCGACCACCCGGCAUCGGAAUGGUUUCACUACUAUCAGGCCAACAAUCCUAUGGCAACAUGGCCGGAAUUUUUGGAUGCCGUACAACAGCGAUUUGAUCCUACAUAUUAUGAGAAUUAUGUAGGACUCUUAUCCAAACUGACACAAACGACGACAGUGCUGGCGUAUCAAUCUGAGUUCGAGACCAUCCUCAAUAAGGUCUUUGGUGUGCCCGAGUUGACGUUAAUUGCGAUGUAUAUCGCCGGUCUCAAGCAACCCAUUCGGCGAGAGGUGAACCUGCGCAACCCUACUACGCUCCCCAUUACUUUUGCUCUGGCAAGGGAGCUUUCGGCUUGUUAUUUGGAGGCGGCAGGAUCUGCAGGCAGAGAGUUUCAUCGUCCAUGGUCGUCGCGACCACCUGUCCCAUCCUCGGCAGGUCUGCUCCCCACCCCGGCUUCCUCGACUCGCCCUCCCCCGGUGCUUCCCUCUGGGCACAACAGCGAACCCACACCAAGACUGCCAGUGGUACGUCUCACCAACGCCGAGAAAACCGAACGUACGAAGAAGGGUCUGUGUUGGUAUUGUGACGAAAAAUGGAUCCCCGGUCACAAUUGUAAACAUCAGUUUUUGCUCUUAAUGGGACCAGAUGACGACGACGACGAGCAGGUGGACUGCCCGAAUAACCCCAGCAGUGACGACCUCAUUACGGCGGAUAUUUCUAGCAUGCACGCCCUAGCAGGAAGCCCAAAUCCGCGUGCUUUAAAGGUGGCAGGUACGGUGAAUGGGUCGGCAGUUCAGGUGCUCCUGGACAGUGGGAGUACCCAUAAUUUCAUCCACCCGGGAGUGGCGGAACGUCUUCAAUUGGUCCUCCAUCCAGUAACAUCCUUUCGUGUAUACGUCGGCAACGGUGAUUUUCUCUGGUGCGCCUAUGCUUGCCCCCAAACGGCUGUUUCGUUGCAAGGCCAUGAAUUCCUUAUUGAUUUAUAUCUUCUGGAGAUUCAUGGCACCGACAUGGUUCUUGGGGUUCAAUGGUUGCAGACGUUGGGCAAGGUGUCCCACGAUUACGCCCAAAUGACGAUGGAAUUUGUGUGGCAGGGCAAACCCAUCACCUUACAGGGCGACACUAUCCCUCCCCGGCCGAUGUCUUAUGGGCAAUUCUGUACCAUGGUGGCCUCGUCUACGUCGUGGGCUCUAUAUGAAUUGAUUGUUUC